CUGAGGAGGGCUGCUGCUCUUCUCCGCUCGGGUGUGGGGGUCUCCUCCUCCGUCUGGAGUAGCCCCCUCCUCGGCUGCAAUGCUGCUGCAGGGGGUGCUCUCAGCCCUCCGGGAGGCCGUGCCGUCUCUGCCGGCGAUCCUGUUGUUCCUGGCUGUGCUUCUCGUAGUUGCCGACUACAGGAAACGUCGGCGCCCAAAGGAUUUCCCUCCUGGGCCUCGGCCCCUUCCUUUUGUGGGCAACAUCCUGCAGAUGGCCUAUACGGACCCUCUUCUUAGUAUGCAAAAGCUUGAAGAAAAAUAUGGCAAAAUCUUCAGUAUGCAGAUUGGCAACAUGUGGUCUGUGGCUGUCACUGGACUGCCUCUGGUGAAGGAAGCUCUUGUUCAUCAGGGAGAAAAUUUCGUGGAUCGGCCGCACUUUCCUUUGCACAAGGAGAUUUUUGGACCAUUUGGGUUGAUCAACUCGAAUGGAAGCAUCUGGAAAGAACAAAGACGAUUUGCUUUAUCAACUCUCAGAAACUUUGGUUUGGGGAGGAGAAGUUUAGAACACCGAAUACAAGAAGAGACCCGGUUCCUUACUGAGGUGAUCAGAGAUGAAAGCGGUCAGCCAUUUGACCCGCAUUUUCAGAUUAAUAACGCCGUUUCAAAUAUCAUCUGUUCCGUCACUUUUGGGGACCGCUAUGAUUACCAUGACAGCCAAUUCCGGAAGCUUCUGCAUUUGCUUGAUGAGGCACUCUACCUUCAAGGAAGUGUUUGGAGUCAGGUGUACGAUGUCUUUCCAACCAUAAUGAAAUACUUGCCAGGACCCCAUCAGACACUUCGUAAAAACUGGGAUCAAAUUAAAUGCUUCAUAAAAGAAAUAAUUGAAAAGCACAAAGCAGACUGGAACCCCUCUCAGCCAAGGGACUUCAUUGAUGCUUAUCUCAGUGAAAUGGCGAAGGAGGGGGCCGCUGCCAGUUUCCAUGAAGAGAAUUUGAUAUCUUCAACAUUAGAUCUGUUUUUCGCUGGGACAGAAACGACGUCUACAACACUGCGCUGGGCUUUGCUGUACAUGGCCAUUCAUCCAGAAGUUCAAGCAAAGGUGCAAGCUGAAAUAGACUCUGUGAUCGGCCAGUCUGGCCUGCCUACCAUGGACGACAGGGAACGCCUGCCCUACACCCAUGCAGUUGUACAUGAAAUUCAAAGGAAAAGCAACAUCGUGCCUUUUGGUGUGCCACGGAUGACAAGUUGUGACACCACGCUGGCUGGAUACCGUUUGCCCAAAGGAACUGUUUUCAUCCCCUACUUGACAGCAGUGCUGUUUGAUAAGGAGGAGUGGGAAACUCCAGAUGUCUUCAAUCCUGACCAUUUCUUGGAAAAUGGUCAGUUCAAGAAGAAGGAAGAAUUCCUGCCAUUCUCCGCAGGAAAGCGAGUUUGUCUUGGGGAGCAGCUGGCCAGGACGGAACUCUUCGUUUUCUUCACCGCCCUCCUUCAGAAAUUCACUUUCCAGGCUCCAAAGGGUGUGAGCUUAAACCUUGAUUGCAAAUGGGGACUCACGUGUUCCCCCCAACCUUACCGCAUCUGUGCACUCCUUCGUUAAAAGAAGCAAUUUCUGCUAUGGCUUUCCCUAAAAUUAAUUUUAACUGAUCAUCUUCUUUCUGUUCUUGCUCUUAGGGUUUAUUGGCUUCUGUGAAGGGAGGGGAUUUACUGCAAUUUAAACAAAGGAAAUCAUAUAGUUAGACCAGAAUCUGACUGAUUAACCAAAGAGGCCUUCUAAAUGUGAUUAUUUCACAUGUGACACUAGAGAAACCAGUGAAAAAAUGACCUCUAUUCACAACCACUAAAGAGGCCUAAAACCCCUCUCAAGUGUAAGUAACCAGGAAAGAACAGUUAACAGUAAGUACAAUGAAGGCAAAGAUACAGAUGCCACAUCCCAUCCUGGAGAGAUGCCAAGAACUUACUAGGGCUUGAAAGCUGGUAGGCAACAAGUUUGGGGAGCAGAGGUUUCAAACACCUGAUGAACAGUGAUAUCAUUGAAAAAUUCCUAAAGGGCCCUUUGCAUAUGGCAUCUCCAGUGGUCCACAGAUUCCCAUCCUGGAGUCUGGGCUGGGCCUAGAAAGCAUUGUCAAAUGAACAUACGGAGGAGAUAGAUAUUAGUUUCCUGAAUUGAAAGGUGUCUUCCUUAUAGCAAUCACUUCUGAAAGAAGUGUCUCUGAAUGGAGGGCCCUAUCCAUGGGGGAGGAACUAUGUACCUUUACCCAGGACGCUGUUAUUCUGUGAUUGGAUCCUUCAUUUGUCCCUAAGGUAAACCCAGGGUCCCAUUUAAGUCAACCUGUGGCGCUUUCAUCUUUUUUGUUCUAAGCCAGUUCAUGCUAAAGAAAAGGAAUGGCACACACCUUAGACAUGCGUAGAGCCUUAAAGUUUUAUUUGGCCAGAAUUCUUUCUUUGUCUGUCCUAUAUGUAAGGAAAAACAAAGCGAGAUGUUUGAUUGCCCAACGGGUCACUCACAUGAUGGAAAAAGUUAGCAUAUGAGGCUCACAGACUUCAGGCUUUUGCUACCAGAGCUCUUGUUGGUGAAAUCUGCGAAGCUGCAACUUGGUUGUCCUUUUUGACAUUUGUGCGUCACUGCAGGCUAGAUGUCCAGGCUUCAGCUGAUAUAGCCUUUGAUCACAGAAUUCUUCAGCAGGUGGUUCAUCAGGAACACUAAGGUGAGAGCAGAUUACAAUAUGAUUGAAAACAUUAAGGUUUUCAAUUAAGUUACUAUUGAUCUUUCCCACCCAGGUGCAUAGCUUGAGCAUAUAACCGUCAGUGAACGACAAGCCCCACUGAAGGAGAAUGACAGGUUGGAACUUCCCGUGAAGGUGGAUUCUCUCUGGUGGGGCAAAAUCAUUCACCCCCACCCUGAUGCUAUUAGGAGUGGAAUGGCUCUAUUUUUAAGGUGGAGCAGAGCUUGUGAAUCCUGGAGGGAAGAGGAAGGACAGCCCCCUGUCAUUUCACAUUUCCAGAGCCCCGCUUGCACUAAUGGGGGCGUGGCCUAAACCAUCAGUGAAUGGCUUCACCCCACUGUUACCAGACAGAACAUUGGUAGGUGGAGUCCUGUUUUUUAGGGGAACAGUCUCUCUACCCAUCCUGCCAGCCCUUGGGGUGGCUUAGAGAUGAAGAUGGGUGCCAUCCCCUGCAUUGGCUAAGUAUCAUCCACAAGGGCAGGACCCUGCCAGGAACAGCCCCCGCUAACAUCAGCUUGCAGGACAAGCCUCACAGAGGCCUCGUAGCUGCUGGCAUCAGGAACAAACUGCCCCUGAUAAUGGAGGUUCCAUGGAAGCAUCCCAGCUGCUGCCAUCAACAUUCCUCCUCCACUGAGUUCUUUUCCAGCGUCUUUUGAGCUAGCGACCAUUUUUAUAUCUUCUGACAGCUGCUUUUAAUAAAUUGUAUGUCAUAUGAA